AUGUCAAGGCAAAAACGAGCAACAGCGGAGGUCAUAGAGGUCAACGCCUCGACGAUCACGGUGGAGACCAUGCCGCCUAGGCCUCGCGAGCCUUAUUUCGUUCUGAAUCCUGAGUUUACGUCCAUUGAUAAAAAGCACCCGGCAUAUGCACGUCCACGGCAUAAUCAAGACUUCUCGCAGAGCAGACAUGUGCCAUCAACCACCAUUCCUAGGCGGAGCUAUGAUCUUGUUGGCGAAUUGGUUGGUGCGGGCCUCGAAUUUGCAUCCAAUUUGAAUUUUCCUCAUGCCCAACCGCCUGUUUUGUCUACCAAUAUGUCUAGCGCCGCUUAUAAUAUCCCUCCUUCAAUAAUCCCAUCCACCCGGGUUGAGGAUGUGAGGCCGGAGGACCCGUCAACGAUUACUGUGGCCAAAACGCCAGGCCGAAGAAGGUCGGAGUCGGGGAAUACACACAAGCGCGAAGGGUCUACCAUUUACGUUUAUCAAAAGCCCGCUCAAAUAUUCAAGGAAAAUCUCCCUAUACAUAUAUCUCCGAAAAAGAGAAAAGCCGAUGCCUCAGAUACUCAACCCAGAGGCAAGGAACCCUCCGCAAAACAAAGGCCAGAGGGAAGCCCUACUCUUGCACCAGAGAGGGAAACUUCCGGGUUGCUAUUUUCAAAUCAACCAAGAGAUGGCUAUCAACCGACUCCUCUGGGUGACUUGUCUAAAAAUCAAAGCCACAGACCCAGCGACGACCAAAUUUCAAGUCAGCUACGUAAUUCAAAAAAGGCCCGAGCAUCAGACAAACUGAUGCCCAUGAUAGAAGUAGCCCUCGCAAAGGCCAAUGAGCAGCUUGAGAAUCAUACCCUUCCCAUCCAGGAUGAUGGUGGCGGACAAAAACCGGCAUAUGCAUCUCCGCUGUCGCAGCAGCUCGAACUUAAGGCAAAUGAACUGAAUGAUGAGCAGGAGAGCAUGACCGCUGCACCUCCUUUCACAGUUGAAACAGAUGUCUCUGUGGAGAACGAUUCUAUUACGGUGGCAAUCCAAAAUGCAGCAGAACCUAGCAUAGCAGCGGAGCCCAGAAUGGCAGAACAACCUAGGACGGCCAAGGCUCGUGUUUUUGACUCGGAAGCCUUUGAUGCUAUGAUUUAUCGCCAGUCCACGUUGCAUCCGCCGCCAGGUGUUUCUGUGCAGGCUCCUGCCCGACCAAAUACUCCAGUCCAAAAACCCUCGAUCAUCGAGGAUCAAAGCCAAUACUUGGCAAUUAAUCCUGCGAUUCAUUUUUCAUACAACCGAUCCGAGGAAUGGUACAAGGAAAAGGCGCUGGAAAUUCAGGCUCGUGGAGGACGCAAAGCAUGGUUCGGCAAAGUAAUUGAAAGACGACGGUGGCUUCGAGCAAAAGAGAAGGCAGAAGAUGAACGAAAUGCGUCAAUCCAAGAGCCAACACGGAUAGACCCGCGACCCUGGUCGUAUGAUCGAAUCAUUGAUUUUGGAGAUGUUCCCGAGGAGGAGCUGCCAGAAGAUGUGCUGCAGAAUCCUGCAUGGGUCAAGGCGUGCGCGUGGCAUCGAGAAAAUCAAGCAAAGAGGAUCUUACGGGACCGUGCAGCCAGGGAUGCAAAUCGGGAAGCAUGGAGUCAGGCUGAGCGUAUCAUGGAAGAUGCCAAACUGGCAUCACAGAGAAGCCGCGAGAACCACUAA